AUGAACAUACCCAAUAUUAACUGGGUUGAUUAUUCAUUUAAUUGCCAAAAAGGUAAACUAUUGUUAGAUUUUAUGUUUCAGACAAAUUCCACACAACACGUUACAGAAUUUACUAGACUUAGAUCCACAUUAGAUUUAAUAUUCUCUUCCCCAUCCAAUUUAUUGAGCAAUGUAAAAAUUACUGAAAACUUUUCAAACUCUGACCAUAAUAUGAUAACUUUUAAUAUAAAUUCCUCAAUACCGUUUAAUAGGCAUAAAAAAAGGUUUACAAAAGGCAAUUAACUGAAAACAAUUUCUCAAUUUUAAAUGAGAAAUAUGCAAAUUACAAAUGGACAGAUCAACUCUCUUUUUACUUUACCGUUAAUUCUAAAUACAAUGCUUUUACUGAUACUAUGCUAUACCUUUUCGAUUCAGUAAUGCCUUUAAAACCCUUAAAUAAUAUCAUCAAAGAAAAUUAUCCAAAAAGAAUAACUGAGUUAUCAAGAAACAAGCUUAAAUUAUUCAAGGAAUCAAAAAAAGACCCGGAUAACAAUGAAAUCCAACUUAAGUAUAAAAUAAUAUCAAGACAGUUAAGAAAAAUAACUAGAGAUUAUUACACAGAAAAGGAUAAGAAAAUUGUGUCUAAAGGCAGAUCCUCAGUCUAUAAGUAUUUUAAGAAUAAACUAAAACCUGUAAUAC